UGGUUCCGCUAGGUAUAAUUGGGCACAUGGAAUUGAAGCCACCACAAUGGAUACGAUUGGUGACGAACGAAUUAUUCGUAGUUUGAGAGUUUCCGUCACAUUGAGAAAAAUGAAAGAUGAAGGAAUUUCAGAUAAUGAUUUACACGUCAAAAUGCUUAACAUGCGAUCAUAA